CUUGCGUCUUUCAGCAUCGCAUUUGUCACUUAGAUCGACAGUUUUGACAGUGAGCAUCAAAAUCAGCUGUGAAAUUAACAAUUUCACAAGAAUAUUAGUAAAAGUAAAAGUUGUGUGCUUUAAAAAGAAAGUGCUAACUGGUAACCAGGAAUCAUGGAUCCGAUCGAUCUGUUGGAGAAACGAAUCGAAGCACUCGAAUUGCAAGUGUUACCGAAGGAAAAGUCCUCACUAGAAAGCAAGUUCCAAGGUAUUACUGAUAUCCUAUUGCAAACCCAAACCAUGAUUUCUUCGGCGUUGAGCUGUCGAGAUGCCAUUACCUCAAUUCUGCGACAUAUUCAAACAGUAAAUGAAUACUUGGAUCCUUGUUAUGGGGAAAACGACUUGGAGGUGGAGGCCAAACGGCAUUAUCUACUUGAAUUGUAUCCUGAAUUAAAAGACACUGUCCAGUUUAUCGGAACUUUUCAAAACCUGCUCCCCUAUACCAACUCUGAGAACAUCAUGAAAGUGACGGAACUUUCGGAUAAGCUCGAACAUCUCACCGCUGCCAAUCUUGUGAUCUACGAAGAGAGUCGCGAAGUGACUCAAAACGUCCUCAAACUCUUGCAACAGUACAAUGACAUUACCAGUUCGAUAAAAGUGCUGUUCCUGCAGCUGGAUCGAGCAGUCAACGAUUGCGAUGCCGCUCUACAGCCCAAGUUUGUUACGGAAGAGUAACAUGAAGCAGCAGUUUGUGUAUCAACAUGCAUAUACGAAAACAUCCAAUAAACUAAUUUUAUUUAAGGAAUUUACUUAAAAGUAAUGGUUAUUGCAAUAAAUGUUUUUUUAUUUUAUUUAUUGGCUACUUCAGGCGUCUUGUUUUUUAAAUACAUUAAUAUUUAUGACUGUUUUGAAAAUAAAAAUGUAUUUCACUUGAA